CUGCCAUGCUUAGGAUCAACAUCUCUGAAUCUUCUGCAGCAGCUGUCACCCCACGAAGCCCCCAUCUCUCUCCAGAUCAAGCCUCUAACCUUUGCCCUCCUCCAAGUGCUUGGGCACCCAAGACGUUUGCUCUAGCCCAUUCAGACUCCAGAAGCAGGGGGCUGAACUCCCCUGCUGCAGAGGGCAAGGUGGGGCUCAAGGCCCUGACCAGCUGGACCUGACUCAGAGGAAUUGAGAAAUGCCUUGGAGAAACGGUAUCCAGACAGCAGAUGGCUCUGGGGAGUUUCCCUUUCCCUCUGCUGGGAGGGCCCAACCUUUUGAACUUCAAGAUGCACAGGGUAACAGUGGGCAUUCUACUGAUGAUGGCAGUUCUGCCUGCCCUGGAAGCCAAUGACCCAGCUGACAAGAACAGCCCUUUCUAUUACGACUGGCACAGCCUACGUGUGGGUGGCUUGAUUUGUGCUGGGAUCCUGUGUGCUGUGGGCAUCAUCGUCCUCAUGAGUGGCAAAUGCAAAUGCAAAUUCAGCCAGAAGCACACGCCCAGCCAGUAACUGCUAAGGUGGCACCAGCCUCCCAGACCCUGCAGACCUCUUCUUUCUUCUCUAGGAAAGAUGAGUUUCUUCUUUCCCUGCCUUCGCCCAUACAUCACCUAUGUCUUUGCCCUUCUGCCCACUGCCAAUGCUGACCCAUCAUCUCUCUGGGGGGCCUGUCCCCAGGUGGAAGAAGGGUUGUUUUUUCUUUUUACAUUUAUUUUUGAGUUAAGCCAUUCCAGGAUCUUCACCACAAGAUGUUCUAGAAGUGGUUGGUGAGAGGGAGAACAGAGUGGAUGGGGGUGGAAAGGGAUGAAGCCCUGUGGAACAGCCCUUUGGCUCAGAUUCACAUAAACUCCUUCUCUCUUAAAUUCCUUUGUUGGGAA